GUACACUUCUCAACAAGUUGAUAAGAAUUGUGCUUUGAAGAUUGAGAAUAAAGAUGAGUCACUUAAUACUGGUUUAAUUGAAGAUACUAUUGAUAUUCUAUUAAUAGUCUUAAAAGAGCUUAUUCCAACUGAUAGAUAUAAUAACAUUGUUAAGAUCUGGGAACUUGAACCUUCUGUUAAUACCUUACAAACUGAAACCUUUUUAGAAAUGCCUUAUAAAAUGGUUAAUAUUCCUUAUGAACAUGUUUAUAAUUCCUUAAAUCAACAAAAAGAAUAUGCAAUAGCUAAUAGACUUUCGAAAAAAAAAUUACCACGAAGAAACUCUAAAACUUUGUUAGCUAAAUCUUACAAUAUACCGGGCAGCUCUGAUGAAUCUGAUAGCUUUGAUAGUUCUGACUCAAAUUAUGAUAAUGAUGAAUUAGAUUCUCAAGAUAUUGAGAAUAUAAAUCCAUCUUUAAUUAGAAUCCUAUUGUUCAUGCAAGAAAAG